CUGGCGACCAUUUGAAUGCUUCACAAUAUCGAUAGACGAUGGUGCUCGAGGCGAGACUGGUCAUCACCACCCGAAUCCCGAGUGGAUGCUUCCAGGCGAGUCCUAUAUUCCUCAGUCUUCCUAGGUAGUCCCGGUGACGCCAGUAACACGAGUAUCGGUAGUGGGGAAGGUACGGGGGAAGAGGACGAUGAUUCAAAUGGCAAAAAGAAUCAGAAGAAGCGUGGUAUAUUUCCAAAAGUAGCAACAAAUAUUCUUAGAGCCUGGCUGUUUCAGCAUCUAACGCAUCCUUACCCAUCAGAAGAUCAGAAAAAGCAACUAGCACAAGAUACAGGACUGACGAUAUUACAAGUUAAUAAUUGGUUCAUCAAUGCACGACGAAGAAUUGUACAACCAAUGAUAGAUCAAUCUAAUCGAGCAGUUUAUUCUCCGAUUUCAGUAUACACCCACCCAGGACCUUCGGCUGGUUAUCCGGACGCAAUGAGCUAUAUGAUGGACGGGCAGGCUCAGAUGAUGCAUAGAGCACCCGGAGAUCCGACUUUUCAUCAGGGUUAUCAUUAUCCAGCUGCUGAAUAUUAUCCUCAUCAUUUGUAAUUAGCGCACACUUUUAAGCGUUUCAUUUAGUUAAUUGUGUUGUGAAAGCUAUCUGACAUACAUCACACAUAUUUCAAAUGGAAGUACAGAGCGGCAGCCGCUUCUCAGUGACCAUAAUUACUCUAUGUAAACAAUCGAAACAAUGUGGCCAUCUAGCGGAACCAAAAAGUAAGGAAAAUGGCAUAAAAAAUUGAAUGUUCAAGAGAGAGCGCAGUCCGAUAUCAAUUCACUUUAAUGUUUGGACAUACUGAGAUACGGAUGAAACACUGAAUCGUCACCUACAAUGUCAAAUCAACAACAUACAUGUCUCAUUCAACAUUCUCUGAACUUUCGAAAGAAUUUAUUAUGGUUCUUUUCUAUUUAAUCGGGUAAUGAAUAUGAAGAUAUUUAUUAAAAUUAUCAUCUUGCUAUUGAAGUGUCUUCAUCGUCAUUUUAUUUGAAAAUGUGAACCAAGCACUAAUAGAUAUUAGUAAAUAUUUAUUUGUUAUAUUUAUAAACAUAUAUCACACAUAAGUUCACAAGGCUUUCCAGAACUCACUUUAGUAUAUAAAUCACUUGUAAAAAAUGAGGCCACACUAUGUUAAAAGAAAACAUUUUUAACAUACAAUUAUGUUAAUUAAAGAUAACGUUUUCAAAACCAUUAGUGGCAAUGUUCCAAUCAGAGUUAUGAGAGUAGUCCGACAAAAAAGUGAUAAUACGUAGGAACACCGAUUAGGAAGGAUUCUUAGAGUUAAUAGAAUUGAUGCAUUGGGCGGUAAAAUUUUGUGGAAAUAUCAGCAUUCCGCUAAUUCCAUCUGUAUAAAACAUAUGUUAAAUUAUUUUGAUAUGCAAACAUUUUUAAUAAAAAUGAGCAUCAAUACGAUAAUUGAAAAUGUUUGAACAACAGAACGCGAGCCUAAAAAUGUUUGAUCAACAAUAUAUUCACUUCCCUUGCUAACCUUAUAAUGAAAA